GGUGUUGACAUUCGACACAACAAGGACCGAAAGGUUCGGCGCAAGGAGCCUAAGAGCCAGGACAUCUACCUGCGGCUGCUAGUCAAGCUGUACAGGUUUCUGGCCAGAAGAACCAACUCCACCUUCAAUCAGGUUGUGCUGAAAAGGUUGUUUAUGAGUCGCACUAACCGGCCACCUCUGUCCCUGUCCCGGAUGAUCCGAAAAAUGAAGCUUCCUGGCCGAGAGAACAAGACAGCUGUGGUUGUGGGGACUGUCACAGAUGAUGUGCGGAUUCUCGAAGUGCCCAAGCUGAAGGUGUGUGCUCUUCGGGUGAGCAGCCGGGCCCGAAGUCGAAUCCUGAAGGCUGGAGGCAAGAUCCUCACGUUUGACCAGUUAGCUCUGGAGUCUCCCAAGGGCCGUGGCACUGUGCUCUUGUCUGGUCCUCGGAAGGGCCGAGAGGUAUACCGGCAUUUUGGCAAGGCCCCAGGAACACCACACAGCCAUACCAAACCCUAUGUCCGCUCCAAGGGCCGGAAGUUCGAACGUGCCAGAGGCAGAAGGGCCAGCCGCGGCUAUAAAAACUAACCCUGGAUCUUACUGUUAUUAAAAAAAAUAAGCUUUGGAUGUU